AGCCCAAAUUCACUACCAUACCUCGUUUCUGUUACGGCGAGUAAAACGGUCGCGGAGAUUUCCGAUUAGUGACAAAAGGAGGCAAAUGAAAAUGGAGAGUCCGAUUGCCACCGGAUUACCCGACUCCCAGAACCCGGAAAAUUCCUUCGUCUGGGACGAACAGUCUCAGCUCUACUUUCAUGCCAGUACCGGAUUCUACCAUGACCCCAACGCUGGCUGGUACUACAGCACUCGCGACGGCCUUUAUUACAAGUUCGAAGAUGGAAACUACGUUCUUCUUCCCUCUCACCAGGGUAAUAGUUUGGAAACCAGUCAUGGCCAAAUGGGUGCCACUGAGAAUCCCAUUCAAGAAGAGCCCUUCUCAGCUGUAGGCAAUACAGAGUGCAGUAGCAGUGAUGCACCUGAAAACCACCCUCCUCCCUCGGAAUGGCUAGAGGAUACGCUUAUUGAACUAUAUUUGUCUGGUUAUUCCAACUUAGAAGCCAAUGCUGGUGAUCGUGAUACGGCGGCAGCGUACCCCGAAACAUUUGUACCUGAUGGGAACAAUGAUGGUCACGAGCUCAAUGAAUCCACGCCGAUUCCAGAAGACUAUGGUGCUGUAAUUCAGUCGAGUGAAAAUGUCUCUGAUGAAGGUGGUUCAUGGGAUGAAGAGAACUGGCGAGCUCAGUAUGGUCAGGUCGUUCAAGAUGCAGAAGUGCCAAUCCCGGAGUCUUCACUGAUAAGUUUAUGGGACUGGGAAAUGGUCACAAAGCCAAGAAAUGAUGGAAAAUGUGAGGUACCAAGGCCAAGGCUUGUUGGGAGGUUAGCAAAGCAGUCUGCUAAGCUUCAUCCUUCUCUGCCGUCUGGUGGCGGUCUUUUAAAAACUGCUCCAAUCUGUGAAGUGCAUCUUGACCUGGUACGAGUCACAACAGGACAAGUUUAUAAAUUGAGGACUCCCAGUAAACAAUAUUUGGCCUCCAUAUCAACUUAUGAUUCUUCGAACCCAACCAAGUAUUGGGGCUUCCCAGAAUUAGCAGACAACAGAGAAGUCCUUCCGCACCCUAAAUCCAGCGUAAGAGGUGAUUCCAAAACUGCACAUGUAAUGGCAUUCAGCAGGGGUUCAUCGUCGUUGCCAGACACAGCACAUGAAAAGCUUGAAAGCUAUCAAUAUAGGGAUAGAGCUGCUGAUAGAAGAGCCUUGCAUGGUGGUUUUGGUGUGGGUCCAGGACAGAAGAAUUCAGUAGAUGGUGAUAUUGAUCGGCCAACACCUUCCACAGAGGAGGCUGCAGCAGAGGCCCUGAAUAUGUCAUUUGGAGCUGGAAGUUACGCCCGGAAAGUUUUGGAAAGCAUGGGCUGGAAGGAGGGGGAGACGCUUGGCAAGACUACAAAGGGAUUAGUUGAACCUAUUCAAGCACAAGGCAACAUUGGUAGUGCUGGAUUAGGGUGGCCUCGGGGAAGAUUAAACCAUCUUUGAAAUGACUGCCCAGUUUAACAAGUUGUAUAUGUGAUCUCCUCAUGUAAGUUACGGUUUGCAUAUCAUAUUAGAAAACAUAUCAUAGUGGAACAGAAAUGAAUGCUUGAGGUUAUCCGCGGAACUGGAUUUUGUGGCAACAACAUUCUGGGUAGUUCUCCCAACUUUAAACGAACCAUUUCGUUUUGAUCAGAUAAAA